AGACAACUGUUGUAUUUGAAAACCGGCGGUGCUGUUGAAUUCAGGAAACCACAGACGUUUGCUUUGCUACCGUAAUAGUCAGUAGUUGCAGAACUUGCACGCGUUGGGGUUUUAAUCUCCCUGUAUUUUAAAUCUUAAUUUGAUUUUGGAUUUGGAAAUAUGCAGAAUAAAGAAAAUCGUGAGCCUGCAUAUCUUGCAGGGCGGGUUGCCCAAGUUGCUACUCAGCGUGUGGAGAUGGCUUCCUCUAGCCAAGCUGCGGGCAGCUCGGCUAAAAAUAUAACAGGCCCUGGCAGAGUGCCUUCUGCAAAAAAGAAGAUAACGAUCAAAGACUUUGAUAUUGGUCGUCCACUUGGUAAAGGGAAAUUUGGUAAUGUAUAUCUGGCUCGAGAGAAAAAGUUAAAAGUCAUCGUGGCUUUGAAAGUUCUUUUCAAGUCCCAGAUGGAAAAGGAGGGAGUGGAACACCAGCUUCGGAGAGAGAUUGAGAUCCAGUCCCACUUGAGGCAUCCCAACAUCCUCCAGUUUUACAACUACUUUCAUGAUUCUACUCGGGUGUUUCUGAUCCUCGAGUAUGCGCCAAGAGGGGAGAUGUACAAGGAACUGCAGCGGUGUGGACGGUUUGAUGAUCAGCGUACAGCCACGUUCAUGGAGGAGCUGGCAGAUGCCUUGCAGUACUGUCAUGAGAAGAAAGUCAUUCACAGAGACAUCAAGCCAGAGAACCUCCUCCUGGGCUUCAGAGGAGAGCUCAAGAUAGCGGACUUCGGCUGGUCUGUCCAUGCACCUUCAUUGCGGCGCCGGACUAUGUGUGGGACUUUGGACUAUCUGCCGCCAGAGAUGGUGGAGGGACAUUCGCACGACGAGAAGGUGGACCUGUGGUGUAUCGGGGUACUGUGCUACGAGUGCCUUGUGGGGAAUCCUCCGUUUGAGUCUGCCAGCCAUUCUGAGACUUACAAAAGAAUCACAAAGGUUGACCUGCAGUUUCCCAAAGUGGUGUCGGAAGGGGCUCGUGAUCUGAUCUCCAAGCUGCUUCGUCAUAGCCCGAUGAUGCGCCUGCCCCUCAAAAGUGUGAUGGACCAUCCCUGGGUGCGUUCUAACUCUAGACGCGUUCUACCUCCUGCGUGCAAAACCCGUGUGGAAACUGAUCUCUAAAAUGAUAGGUUUUCUGGUGUUUAUUCCUGUAAAUAUCUUGUAUUGUGUUGAAUUUCGCGUGUCUUCACUGUAUAUGAAGUGCGGACACUUUCCUGGCUCAACAACAUUUUGAUGACUUGGCUGAGAGGGUUUUGGUUCAUUUUUCUUCCUUUGCUUUUAUUUUUGUAGAACUCUUUGUAGAAAGUUCUAUUUACACUGCCAUGUGGAAUGGUUUUUAUAUAUUUUAUUCUGUUAAUCUCUGGGUUUGUCUUUUUGUAAAUAUUUUCUUGUACUUUUUAAGACUCAAAAUAAAAUUGAUGAACGAAAAUA